CCCGCCGCCCCGCGCCGCCGCCCCGAGGGGCAGUCUGCGCGACCGUGCUUGUCUCAGCUGUGCCAGCUCCAUGAAGUGGGGAAGCUGCGUGAAUCCUCCAUUUGGCAGCUGCAUUCCGGCCCAUCCCAUGCACCUUUCCCUCAGAGGCGACCCCCCUGGCUGCUGGACUCUGAGGCCCAAGCACCUGUGUGCGGUGGUCACGGGCCCGAGGCUCCUUCCCCUGCGCUGCUGGCACUCGUCACCCCCGCUGGGUGAUGACUCCAUGGUGGAGAAGUCCCUCAGGUCCUUGAAGGACAAGAACAAGAAGCUGGAGGAAGGAGGCCCGGUGUACAGCCCCCCGGUGGAGGCGGCCGUGCGCAAGCCCCUGGGGCAGAGGGUCCUGGACGAGCUCAAGCACUACUACCAUGGCUUCCGCCUGCUCUGGAUCGACACCAAGAUCGCUGCGCGCAUGCUCUGGCGUGUCCUGCAUGGGCACAGCCUGACCCGCCGCGAGCGCAGGCAGUUCCUGCGGAUCUGUGCCGACCUCUUCCGCUUGGUGCCCUUCCUGGUCUUCGUGGUGGUGCCCUUCAUGGAGUUCCUGCUGCCCGUCGCCGUGAAGCUCUUCCCCAACAUGUUACCGUCCACCUUCGAGACCCAGUCCAGUAAGGAGGAGCGGCUGAAGAAGGAGCUGCGGGUCAAGCUGGAGCUGGCCAAGUUUCUUCAGGACACCAUCGAGGAGAUGGCCUUGAAGAACAAGGCAGCCAAGGGGAGCGCCACCAAAGACUUCUCCGCAUUUUUCCAGAAGAUCCGAGAGACAGGGGAGAGACCCAGCAAUGAGGAGAUCAUGCGUUUUUCCAAACUGUUUGAGGACGAGCUGACCCUGGACAACCUCACACGGCCGCAGCUGGUGGCGCUGUGCAAGCUGCUGGAGCUGCAGUCCAUCGGCACCAACAACUUCCUGCGCUUCCAGCUCACCAUGCGGCUGCGCUCCAUCAAGGCCGACGACAAGCUGAUCGCUGAGGAGGGGGUGGACAGCCUCAACGUCAAGGAGCUGCAGGCAGCAUGUCGGGCGCGAGGCAUGCGGGCCCUGGGUGUCACGGAGGACCGUCUGCGGGAGCAGCUGAAGCAGUGGCUGGAGCUGCACCUGCACCAGGAGAUUCCGACAUCCCUGCUCAUCCUGUCCCGAGCCAUGUACCUUCCCGACACCCUCUCGCCUGCCGACCAACUCAAGUCCACGCUGCAGACCCUCCCAGAGAUUGUGGCAAAGGAAGCCCAGGUGAAAGUGGCUGCGGUGGAGGGCGAGCAGGUGGACAACAAGGCAAAGCUGGAGGCCACGCUGCAGGAGGAGGAGGCCAUCCGGCAGGAGCACCGGGAGAAGGAGCUGCAGAGGCUCUCUCAGGCCGCGAAGGAAGCGGAGCCCGAAGUGAUGGCAGAAGCUGCCUCGGGGAGGCCCGGGGCUGAGCUGCAGCCAGAAGUGCCUGAUGUGAUCUUGCCAUCAGAGGCCCUGAAGGACACCGCCCCCAUCCUGGAAGGCCUGAAGGAAGAAGAAAUAACUCAGGAGGAAAUUGACAUACUCAGUGACGCCUGCUCAAAACUGAAGGAGCAGAAGAAAUCCCUGACAAAGGAGAAGGAAGAGCUGGAGCUGCUGAAGGAGGACGUCCAGGACUACAGUGAGGACUUGCAGGAGAUCAAGAAGGAACUUUCAAAGACUGGCAAAGAAAUAUACGUGGAAGAGUCUAAGGCCAGCAAGAGGCUGACAAAGAGGGUGCAGCAGAUGAUCGGCCAGAUAGACAAUCUGCUCUUGCAGCUGGAGGCCGACCAGAAGGCUGGCAAGCUGGGCCCAGCCACCGAGGGCUCACCUGCAGGGGAGACGGUCAUCAGCAUCGCUGAGCUCAUUAGUGCCAUGAAGCAGAUCAAGCACAUUCCAGAAAACAAGCUCAUGAGCUUGGCCUCAGCGCUGGAUGAGAACAAGGAUGGCAAGGUCAACAUCGACGACCUGGUCAAGGUAAUCGAGCUGGUGGAUAAAGAGGACAUUCACAUCUCCACCAGCCAGGUGGCCGAGAUUGUGGCCAUGCUGGAGAAGGAGGAGAAGGUAGAGGAGAAGGAGAAGGCCAAGGAGAAGGCUGAGAAGGAGGCUGAGAAAGAGGCUGAGAAGGAGGCCGAGAAGGAGGCCGCAGAGGUGAAGAAUUAGGGCCAGCCCCGCUCUGGCUCCGUAGUGGCCCCUCACAUGUCUGGCUCCAUCUCGCUGCACUGGCCACUGCAGCCCUCUCGUGAUAGUGAUUGCUUUGAAGUGAUUCUUAGUGACAAAUCUAAUAUUUUGUCUGGAAUAAAUCAAAAACUUCCAUAUCAAGUAAUUUUAAAUUUUAAUCAUUCCACGAAGAUUCAGUCAGUCUGGAAUCCCUGAACCCCUCCGGGGAGACUCCUCUGGAUUCAUGACAUAGCAGGGGCUGCAGCGGUCCGGGCUGCGGCAGCCCAGUGUGCAGCCUGCCAGCAGCGGGGGGCUGUGGCCCUGCAGAGGCUCACUUGGCCUCCCCACGCACCCCCUGGCGGCAUCUGUCCCUGGAGGAGAGAGGACAGCCACCUGGACUGCGUGCCUGUGGAGCCAGAGGCAUGCGACUGGGAGUCAGAUGCGGGCACAGCCUCCUCAGCCUGGAGAAGAUGCUUCGUGAGUCCGUGGACUUGGGUUCCUGAAUAUCUGUGUAAAUAGGACUGACUUGUGCACACUUCCCAAGUCACAUCUGUAACGAUUGAGAAAGUAUGUCCAUCCGUCUCUGUGGCUGCUGGAGAAUCUCAGUUCUGACGGGAGUGUUGGGGUCUCCUGCAAGUUUCCUCUUAUGUGUGUAUUUGAGCUCUUUCUUGAUGUGCUUUUGAUUUUCACCUAAAACCUUUAAUUAAUUAAUUAG